AUGAACAACAACGGAUCCGAGACUCCUUCUGGCAUGACCAGCAGUGCCGACCGCAUGGUCGGCAUGGAGCACUCUGAAGUUCGCUACUUCACUAGCUACGACCACCACGGUAUCCACGAGGAGAUGCUGAAGGAUGAUGUCCGCACCCGCUCUUACCGCGACUCGAUCUACCAGAACCGUCACAUCUUCAAGGACAAGGUCGUCCUUGAUGUCGGCUGUGGAACCGGUAUCCUGAGCAUGUUCGCUGCUCGUGCUGGUGCCAAGCAUGUCAUCGGUGUCGAUAUGUCCUCGAUCAUCGAGAAGGCUCGUGAGAUUGUUCACGUUAACGGCCUUUCUGACAAGAUCACCCUUCUCCAGGGCAAGAUGGAGGAGGUUAACCUUCCCUUCCCCAAGGUUGAUAUCAUCAUCUCCGAGUGGAUGGGCUACUUCCUUCUCUACGAGUCCAUGCUGGACACCGUUCUCUACGCCCGUGACACCUACCUCAACCCCGGUGGUCUUAUCUUCCCCGACAAGGCCACCAUGUACGUUGCCGGUAUUGAGGACGGUGACUACAAGGACGACAAGAUCGGAUUCUGGGACAAUGUUUAUGGCUUUGACUACAGCCCCAUGAAGGAGAUUGCUCUCAACGAGCCCCUCGUCGACACCGUCGAGAUGAAGGCUCUCGUGACUGACCCUUGCCCGAUCAUCACUUUCGACCUCAACACCGUCACCGCCGCCGACCUUGCUUUCAAGGUCCCCUACUCCCUCACUGCCAAGCGCAGCGACUUCAUCCACGCUCUCAUCGCUUGGUUCGAUAUCGACUUCAGCGCCUGCCACAAGCCCAUUCACUUCUCCACUGGACCCCAUGCCAAGUACACUCACUGGAAGCAGACUGUCUUCUACCUCCGUGAUGUCCUCACUGUUGAGGAGGAGGAGGGUGUUACCGGUUGGAUCGAGAACCGCCCCAACGAGAAGAACAAGCGUGAUCUGGACAUUGGCAUCUCCUACAAGUUCGAGACUGCUGACCCCACCCGCGCUGCUGAGGGUGGCUGCUUCUACCGCAUGUGUUAA